UGAUUUUAAAAGAAUUCUAAAUUUUUGUUACACAAAACUAACACAAAGUAAUCCAAAUUCUAAACAAACAUCAACAAUUUAUAUAUGCAUAAAUAGAUAUUUUUAUAUAGAUAUUUUAUAUUUAUAUUACUAUUUCACAAGCCAAAAUGAGUAAAUCCCCUGUAGGGAAGGUGCAAAAAACAAAAACAACGAAUGAACCAAGCCAGGAUACAGAAGUUCCAGGGAAAACUGUUUCAGAGAGACGUCCUCAAAAACCAAGAUCUGCAGAAUAUAAAGGAAAAGUUCCAUCAGAUACACCAAAGACACCAAAAACGCCACCAGGAAAAAUUCCAUCAGAUAUACUAAAGACACCAAAAACACCACCAGAAAAAGUUCCAUCAGAUACACCAAAGAUACCAAAAACACCACAAGAAAAAACCCUUUCAGAGCCACGUUAUCCCAAACCAAGACCUAUAUCUAAAGAAAAGGUGGCUUCGGGUACACCAAAGACCCCAAAAUCACAAGGAAAAUCUGUUUUACAGACUCGAUCUCCAAGACCAAGACCUCCAUCUGCAGAAAAAGUGGCUUCAGAUACACCAAAACCAAAAGGAUAUAUACCUGUAAAUGAUUUGGAAGAGUGGCAUUCAGAUGCAGAACAACCAGUUUCAGAGCCACAUUAUUCAACAGAAAAACCUAAAUCUCCAGAAAAAGUUCCAUCAGACGCACCAAAGACACCAAAACCACAGCAAGGAUUGGUGGAAAACACUGAGCAACCCUUUUUGCCAACUUCUACAGAUAAACCAAUUUCUCCUGAAGAUGACCAAUCUAAAAAAGGAAAAGAAUCAAAAGACAAACUGGCACUAAAGAAAAGCAAAUCCCCUUCACCAAAAAAAUUACUCCUUGAAGAAUGUCCUACAGGAGAUGGUCCAAUAGGCAGUUUGCAUACUGAAUUUAUGUACUACUCUUCCGUUCUAAAAGAGGUCACACCUACGCUUACUAAUUUUGCAACAAAGCAAAGGAUAUUCGAGUGGAUUGAUAAACUUUACCAAGCGGCAUAUUUCACAUCGCCCCUGAUAUUGAAAAGAAAUCUGUAUCUUGUUCAAUUAGUAUUGACAUCUAUUAACAAUGAAUUGUACGGUGUAUUUGUACAUUCUCCGCCACCUCCGGAAGCCGCUUUGCCACCCGUGGAUGCAUGGUGCCCAGGGAAAAUACCUACAGCAAGAUGGGAAAAAAUCACAUUUUGGGAUGAUCUUUUCACCGCCGCAACUGAAGAAAUUUAUGACAGUGAAUCCUAUAUCUUAAAAUGUUAUUAUCACGGUAAUGAAUGCAAUGGGAACAAUGAUGAACCACCAAAUGAAAAAGCAGCUGGGGAACUCCUUGACCAAGAAUUUAAAUUUUUUCUCUACAUCAUCCAACCUUACUUGACAUUUAUUACAGAUCCAAGGAUAAAACUGAAUGUUGCUUUAUGGCUUCAGCAUUUAUCAAGAAUUCAGACUUGUUCUUGUACUGUAAUGAAAGGAAUUAGGAAUGAUUACAUGCAAGCGCUAAUUGGAUAUGUACAGGAUAUUAGAUUGGUUGGUCCAUUUCAAAAUCUUCCCGAAGAAGAUGUCCUUAUACCUCUAGCUGAAGCUGCUGAAAAACUAACUGAAAAUGCAAAACCAAUAGGAACUCCUUUGGGAAGGGAAGCAGAUAAUUUUCUGUCAAUGCAGCCUCAGCCAAAAAAUGGGGCUUUUUGCUAUGUUGCAGUUAGUGGUCAAUUACAACAAAUGGAUUAUCCAACUGCACCAGAAAAUAAAGAUAGUAAACUGGAAACCCAAAAGAAACUAUCAACUGCUUUUUAAUAAUGUUUUUAUCGUAAAAGUAAAAUUUUGAUAUAAAUACUUUUUUAAACUA